CAUGAGGCUUGCAGUCAUGGGUUCCACAAGAUUGCUGACCUGCUGCUGCAACAUGGAGCAAUAGUGGAUGUGCCAGGAGGUAGUAAUGAGAACCCUCUUCAUGAUGCUGUUACUCAAGGUCAAGUAGAAAUCAUCAAGCUUCUCAGGUCGUGGGGUGCCAGUGACACUGCCAGGAACCUCUCUGGUCAUACUCCCAGGUCCCUUGCUUCCCUCUGUGCUGGAGCUGAAGAACUCAACAAAGCGCUGGACACUCCUGAAGAUACCUCGCUGCAGCGACCACCACCCAUGUUGCCACUUGUGGACAAACUUGUGCUCCUGGGGUCAGGCUUGUCCUCCGAGCAGACCAAGAAGCUCGACAACCUGGCAAGGCUUCUUCGUGCUCGCCUCGUUUCUCACUUUAGCAUGGAGGUGAGUCAUGUUAUAGCAGCGUGUUCAUCAGAGAGAAUUGUUGCUCAGCGAGGACUUAAGUACAUGAUGGCAGUCGUGGCCGGAAAGUGGAUUCUCUCUCACACAUGGAUGGAUGCUUGCCUCUCCCAAGAACUGGCAGUUAAUCCUCUGCAUUAUGAAGUUCUUGGUUCCUGUAAUAACAGUGUCAGUGGUGUACCUGUUAAAGCCAGACAGAAUGCUGAAAAAAUGUGUCCUGGACUUUUUAAUGGAUGCCAUAUGUUCCUGUGGGGUAAUUUUUGCAACCCUUACCCAAGUAAGAAGGAUGUUGAGGCACUUAUUAAAGCAGGUGGUGGAAUAGUCUUGGCUCGAGAACCCAACCCCGAAGGCAUAUCGGAAAAGGAGAAGACAGUACCAUUUUACAGCGAUGCUGAAGGUUUGCUGAGUCAUUGUUCCCACUACAUUAUAUACCAAGAAGGUAGCUGUGAGCCACAGCUCAAGUAUGACAUGGCACACAUCAAGUCUCUGCCUCUCAGUUGGCUCUUCUCCUGUGUUGACCACUUUCACCUUGUGCCUCCUUUUAAAUAAUACAUUAGAGGCAAUACCACUGUGGAGAUGAUGUAAGAGCUGUCUACUGCAUGCAAUUAUAUGCUUAGUGAUCACUUACACAGCUCAUGUAUAAAUUAAUUAACACCUAACCAUAAUGAAAUUUAUUACAA